CCGGGUAUCAGUCUUCAUUUGACAGUCGAAGUGAAAACAUCGUCUCUCAAGACAUCUCUUCGGUUUUUAUUAAAUUUUCGCCGCUAAAAGUAAAAAAAAUGUCUCUCCUCCCGUUCUUUUUCGACGAUUUCGCCCAUCAUCGUCCAACAAGGAUCAUCAACCAACAUUUCGGGCUCGGUUUGGAGCCGGAAGAUUUCAUGAUGCCGUCUGAAUUCCGGGUGUUACCCCGAAUCCCGAACAUUUAUUACCGGCCAUGGAGGAGCCAAGCCGGGGAACGCGACGCCGGAUCGAUGGUUUCCUUCGAUAAGGAUAAAUUCCAAGUUAAUCUUGAUGUUCAACACUUUAAGCCGGAAGAAAUCACCGUGAAAGCAACCGGCGAUAACACUAUUACCAUCGAGGGAAAACACGAGGAAAAAGAAGAUGAGCACGGUUAUAUUUCUCGCCAAUUCACGAGGAAGUAUAUUUUGCCGAAAGGUCACGACAUUCAAAAGGUCGAGUCGAAAUUGUCUUCGGACGGGGUUUUGACCAUCACCGCUCCGAAAAUCAAUCAGAAUGCCAUUGAGGAUCAUCGCGAAAUUCCAAUUUUGCAAACUGGGGCUCCGCUAAAACCGGCUCUCAGACAAAAUUCUAACAUUGCCAAAGAAGAGGAUAAGAAAGAAUGAAAUUACUAAUAUUAACACGUUUCAUUCCGAUUAUUUUGUAAUAUUUUCGUAUUAAAUGUAGUUGUAGAUUUCAAUGUAUUGUAAUCAUUAAAAAUAAAGUUAGCUUCAUUCAUUGCAAUA